AUGUCUCCGACACCACCAACCCCACAAACAACAACUAUUGAAUUAUCCGCUAUAUCAUUAGCUGCAAAGAUACCUGAUUUUUGGCAGGACCAGCCGCGACUAUGGUUUUUGCAGGUGGAAGCUAUUUUAGCACAACAAAAGGCAGGUGAUCAAUCAAACUACAAUAUGGUCAUCGCAAAAUUAGGAAAGCAAGCAAUUCAGCAAGUUGCGGAUAUCCUUGAGAAGCCGCCUAGUGAGAACAAAUUCGAUACUCUGAAGGCCAGAUUGCUUAGUGUUUACGAGGAGACAGAAGCGAAGAGGUUACAGCAAUUGAUGUCAGACAUGGAAUUGGGUGAGCAACGACCAUCUCAGCUACUGAGGAGAAUGCGUGACCUUGCGCGUGAUAAAAUUCCGGACGACACUUUAAUCUAUUUUUGGCAAGGUCAUCUACCACCAUCGGUAAGGGCAGUCGUAGCGUCAGCAGAAUCAAAAAACUUAGAAAGCCUUGCAAGUAUUGCCGACAAGGUCAUGGAGACGUUUAAACCGAAUGAAGUCGCCUCAAUUCAGACAACAUCGCGCCAAAGUUCACCGAAUGAUUUUAUAACGGCGGAAUUAGCGAAGAUUAACAGCCGCAUCAGUGAAUUAGCCAGCUCUAGUGGACGAGGUAGGAGCCGAAGGAGGAACCGCAGCCAGGGACGUGCACGUAGUCGCUCACGCAACAACAGCCGCUCUGGGAGGACCCCUAACAGCCCUGAUUGGUUGUGUUUCUACCAUUACCGAUACAAGACCAAGGCUAAUAAGUGCGUGCAGCCAUGCAGCUGGAAAGGACAGUCGCCGACGGGAAACUAG